AAAUAAUAAUAUUCUUCCAGUCUGUCUGUUCAUUUAGUUAUAGACCGAAAAGAGUUUUGUGUUAUUCUCUUCGAUCGCCAAAUUACACAAGCAGCGAUAAUGGCUUCCCACCUAUUGAGGCGCGCCCUCGGAAGCCGCUCGACCCAGUUUCUCUCCGGCGCCGCGAAUCCUAGCCCUAGCCUGCUAUCUUCUUCAUCACCAUCAUCACAGGCAGCUAGGGUUUUCUCGUCUGAUUCCACUCCGAUCCGUGCCACUCUCUUCCCCGGCGACGGUAUCGGCCCCGAGAUCGCCGAGUCCGUCAAACAGGUAUUCAGAGAAGCUGAAGUGCCAAUUGAAUGGGAAGAGCAUUACGUUGGGGACCAAAUUGAUCCUAGAACUCAGAGUUUUCUAACAUGGGAAAGUUUAGAAUCGGUACGAAAGAACCGGGUAGGCUUGAAAGGGCCAAUGGCCACACCAAUUGGGAAAGGUCAUCGUUCAUUGAACCUUACUCUGAGGAAAGAACUUAAUUUGUAUGCAAAUGUCAGGCCUUGUUACAGCCUUCCUGGAUAUAAAACUCGAUAUGAUGAUGUCAAUCUUAUCACUAUUCGUGAAAAUACAGAAGGGGAGUAUAGUGGACUUGAACAUCAAGUGGUGCGAGGUGUUGUUGAGAGCCUCAAGAUCAUAACCCGUCAGGCAAGCUUGAGGGUGGCUGAGUAUGCUUUCCAUUAUGCCAAAACCCAUGGAAGAGAGAGAGUGUCUGCGAUACACAAAGCAAACAUUAUGCAGAAAACUGAUGGUCUUUUUCUUAAGUGUUGUCGUGAGGUUGCAGAGAAGUACCCUGACAUAAAAUACGAGGAAGUCGUCAUUGAUAAUUGCUGUAUGAUGCUUGUGAAGAAUCCAGCACUUUUUGAUGUGCUAGUCAUGCCUAACCUCUAUGGUGAUAUUAUUAGUGACCUUUGUGCUGGGUUGAUAGGGGGUUUGGGAUUAACACCGAGUUGCAACAUUGGUGAGGGAGGCAUUGCCCUUGCUGAAGCUGUACAUGGUUCAGCACCUGAUAUUGCUGGAAAGAACUUGGCAAAUCCAACUGCUCUGCUUCUAAGUUCUGUUACAAUGCUACGCCAUUUGGAGCUCCAUGAUAAAGCUGAUCGGAUCCAAAAUGCAAUCCUCAGCACAAUUGCCGAGGGGAAGUUCCGAACAGCUGACCUUGGUGGCGCAUCGUCAACUUCCGACUUUACGAAGGCAAUCUGCGAUCAUCUUUGAGAGGAUGAUGCUUAGUAGGAUUUGGGAUUUUUGGAUUCGUAGUCAACAGAUUAUUGCGACUCCUUUUGGAGUCAUGUUUUCAAACUUUUUUUUCUCGUUUCUUCAGUUGUUUCUGAAGGGGAAUAAUAUCACUUCACUUGGAUGAUUACAAGAUUUUUGUCCCGUCAUGGAGAGGUUUGAAGGGCAAAAAGUGGAGAAACUAACAUAUUCACAUAUUUACAUAUUCAUCUUCCUAUGCAAUAUUUUUCAAAAUAAA